AUGGCAACGCUCGUUGCAGCUCCAGUUACGGACGAGACGGUGAAGAACGACGUCGGGAGCCUGCUUCAGCUCGUGCGAGCCCAUCAGAGCCAGCACGAGGACCCCGCGUACGACUCGCGAUCGCCCGCCGCAAUCUACCGGUGCAAGACGAUGCUGACCAAGCUACGGAAACUCCUGCCUAAGCUCAUGCGUCCUGUGACCAAGCUAUCGUCGACGGGUGCAGUGUCGGUGCUGCAGGAUCUGUGCGAGCUGCUGCUGCUCCUGCUGGGCGGCGACGUCUGUCCACACUCGAUGACGCUUUUUACAGAAAGCAGCAACGUCGAGACGUCGGGAGCUCAUGGCGGAGACCGCUUGACGUCGUCGUCCGGGUUCCCGUCGUACCCAACGAUGGCUACAUUGCUGUUUUACAUGGUGUCGUUCUACACAAGUGAGCGACUGCGACCGGCACAGCACAACGUGCGGCUCGUGACGCUCCAGAUGGUACUGUUUCUGCAGCGAAACGACGUGUACGGGUUUAUCCAUUUCUUUCGUGAUACCGUGCAGUUGGUGGAAGACUGUUUCUUGCUUGAAGAGUCGCUCGUGGAUCAGCACUUGACGGAUUCUGUAUUGAGUGGAGCGAGUAUCGCCUGUUAUCUGGAUACAGCGAUACACGUGUAUCAAGACGUGGAUGGACCAUUAGGGGCGAAAAGCAGUCCGAUACUGUGCGGGUGCAUGCCGAUCACAGACUUUAUUGAGUUGCAGGAGCGCAGGGAGCAACUGAAACAACUGAUGCCGUCUAUACACGUCAGUUCAUAUGGAGCGGUUGUUGCACUCCGGCACUCUACGGUGGUUCUAGUGGAUCAGAUAAUUUGUCAACACAGCGUGCUGUUGGAAAGAGACGUCCAUUUUGACCGACUGUGUUUGCUCGUGAAGCUUUUCGUCGACAAGAAUGAGACAAUUGUUAAUGCCGCUAAGAGUACAUGCGUGAACGGUGCUCUAUCUAGUCAAGACGCAGAGGAUGUCGCGAGAAGCACGCUACGGCUGCUGCACACGAUGCUGCAGAUAAGCAUGUCUACAGAACGACGUUUUGUCCAUCUGGCCUUGAUAUACUUCAAGUAUAGUCAUUUUCACGAAACGAACCCGCGAAUAUCGCAAGCGUGGGAUUUUAUUCUUCAACUGAUCGGCAAAGGCUACCCUCAUCUUUCUUCUUUUGCCACGGAUGCUCUGUGGCCACAAUUCGAGACAUGGAUAACAGGGAUCAUGCACAUUGUUCGAGGUACUGUUCAUGAAAGCAGAUGUGGUGUAAAAUUGAUGUUUUGGAUGCCGGUGCUUUCGAUUUUGCGCGUUUACACUCGUCAACCCAACGGUGCGUCACCUGCCUCAUUAUAUGUGGAGCUGCUUGAAUGUUUCGACACACGUAUAUAUGAUCCAGCUCUCGUUUCCAGUAUUAUCGAUGACGUCCAUCAUAUGUUGUCGACAAAAGAAAUGCUGACAAAGGUGGUUCGCUUCAUAUCGGGGAGGCUAAUAAGCAGCAAUGCUGAUCGUGCCGCGGGACCAAGUCAGAGCGUUAACACAGCAAGAAAACGAAAGCGAAAUGACGCGUCUCUCGACAAUCAAGUACCGUUUUCGGAUUUGAGCCACGAGAACAGUACCGAGCUACACGAGCAGCUGGGGCAAUGGAUACUAGACCUCAUGUCGGUCAAUAGUAACGAUCGGAAAAGCAUAGUGGCGAUUUCGAUGAGUUUGCGGGUGAUCUUGCCGCUUCGACACUACAUUCUUGCCUUUAUUCGGCUGGAAAGUUUUGUCAUAUUCCGGACACUUCUCCAGCGUGUCGAUCUGAUUGUGAACACCCAUGCACCGUCUCUUGUUUCGCUUUCAAGUGAAUACCUGGAGUUAUGGAUCAUCAUGCUGCGAUAUUUCGCUGACCAUGAGCUCGAAAAAUACCGCGAGUUGCUGAAUAAAGUAAUUGAUAGUGUAGCGAAUCAGCAGAUCUUCGCACGAAGCCCCGAACAGGAAAAGACAUUCGUCGUGCCAGAUUGCUGGGAGUACCUGACUUUCUUGGAUCUAUAUCAGCGUCGUCCGAACUGCCAUGACAUGUCUUCGUCAGAGGGGCUUGAUGAAGUAUCGUACGAUUAUCUCCGUAGCGCUGAUGCUGUACUUGAUUGCGCUUUUCAACAAUCUGUGGUCCUCCUUGGACCGUUUCUUAUUUACUUCGUGUGGUCACGUCCUGUGGUACUUAGUAUUGAUGACGAAGAUUCCUGGCGUAACGCUCUUCCGUGGAAAGCUGUUUGUUGGGCCAUAUCGCAACAGGUAUCAGCACAUGUGACUGCAUGCUCCUAUCUUGCCAUGACUCCUCUGCUAGCCUACUUUGUUGUGGCUGGCUCACUUGCAUCUCCGGAAAAAAUGACUGUAUGCCUCAUGGAGACUUUUCGUGACAAGGUUCAACGUACAGGGUCAGAAACGAUUUCUUUGUCUGUAAUACAAGCGUGUGGCGCAGUGCUAUGCGCAAUGGCCUACGCGCAAGCAUCCACGGACCGUGGAAAUAUCUUGCGUGACAAAAAGUAUGUGGCUCUUCGUUCUCGCACCAAGAGUUGUCAGUGCCAGAAUAUCUGCAGCAACUUCCAGAUCAUGCCAGUUUCGCUUGCGUUAUUUGAGGCGAUUAUAUGCGAUGACGCAAACACUGCUACUGAAAGCGUGCAAGUUGCAAGAAUCAACGCGCUGUCGUGUGCGCUUACACAUUGUGAAGUUGAUUACAGAAAAGAUCAGGCCUCGAUGCGAUUUGUGGAGCGCUUCCUGGCCUGCUUUGCAGGCCGGUCUGUACCUGCUCAUCAAGCAGUGCUGGAAUCGUUUGUUCAUCAACCACGUCUUCUCGAUGCGAUGAUAGAUCCAGCCAAAAAAGGUCUUGCUGGACUGACGGAGCGCUUAGAGUCAUUCACGACGGUGGCAGAUGAUAGUUCUGACGAUACGAUUGUCGCAGCAAUUAUGCUGACGUCAGGGUCUGUAGGCUGUGAGUUUGACCCACGACAAAAAGAUCGUGCGGAACAUUGUAUAUGGAUUCUUUUACGAUUAGUAUCGUGGUGGAACCGGUUUCAUGUUGCACAUCGCGAGCGAUGCGCGGGAAUGGCUUACGACCAGAUUUGCCGUAUUACUGCGCAUCACCGGGUCUCGUGGAGACGACUAUGCGUAGACUUUCCUGACUUGAUCUAUUUUCCCCUUGUCGAUGAGGUGCUGAAAACUCAGACGCUCAAGCUGUUUCUCAGUACAUUUAUGGGCGGCAAGGUUGCUACAAAUGUAUUUUUGCGCGUGAGUGCACCGUACGUACUUCCGAAGUACGUUGCUCAACAAAAUGAACGAAAGCUGCAUGCGUUUGUUGACGAAUAUAACGGGCAGCAAGAAAAUACUGCGGUGAUCGAAAAUGAUACAGAUGGUGAACCGUUAUUAAGCGUUACCGAUUUCUUUUUGAAUCACAUCGAAUACGUACUAAAAGAUCUGAUUAUUCAUCAGGUAUCGACCCAAAAUCGUUUAGCGGAAUGGGAGUUUUUGUUCAAGUUCCUACCGGAAAAUUCCACCAUUCGUGACGUGAUAACCCAUUCACCGUUGCGGCUGAUGAACUUGUUGGCGUGGGAGCUUGGUGGGUCUCGAUCUCGCAUGGCCAAGCGCGCGAUACGAGAGGUUGCAAGGUACAUGCAUGGAGGUGCACAAGAGGCAUUAUCCAUUCGACAAGAUGCAAAUUUGCAGCCGGUAGAGGUUCGUAUGUCUCGGCAGUAUUUCUUAGCCCUCAUGACGGACUUAGGGAAUCGAAUCAUCGGCACGAAUUUGAAUUCCGCUAAAAUUCGGGCCAUCAAGAGCAUCGACCAAUUGCUGGAAAUUGUUGGUGGUUCCCGUCUGGACUCGGACGGCACACAAAGUCGAGGGAUCGUCGACCCUUUUGUUCCCAAAGUGAUGGCGACUUUGAAGGUUGGCCUUACUGAACGUGCACUUCAAGAACACGCGAUUAUAGCGUGGGGUAAUUUUCUCCGGAUGCUAUCAUCGAAAGCUUUGGGGUCGAACCUAAGCUCUAUCGUUGUCAGUUUACUCCCGUGCCUUGGCUUCGAGACGUCAGCAAUUCUGAUCGAAGAUAGUUCGGUUUCCAGUAGCCAAUGCUGGAAUCUCGAGUCUCUAAAACAUGCUACAAGUGAUGGUUGUGCGCAAGUCAUGGCACUAAGAGAUGAUGGCGAAGUCCAAGCUCAAUGCAUGGUUGCAGCCAAGAAUGUUUUACGUUAUUUGUUCAUUGAGAAGGAAACAGAGCUGAAGCACGCGUUUCCAAAGAUCCCGUUGUUACCUUCCAUUCCGGAACUCGAUGAUAUUUACGUAGUGCUUUAUAGGGACUACGGAGACCCAAGAUGUCGAUCUUUGAGCGAAUAUUUGAUGAACCUAUCGGCUUACGUUAAUCACCUUGACACAGCAGUUCGUGAAGUGGCUCUGACACAGUUGCUGCGAUGUCUAGUCGUACGUGGGGAAGAGCUGGGGGUGCUGAUGCAGAACGAAGGAAGCAUUUUCAUUGACAGUGUAAUCGCUACCGUGCUGCGGUCUGUGCUACAACUCGCAAGCACAGAAAGAAACGAGUCUGUUAAGCUGCUUUGCGCUCGUUGCUUGGGAGCCUUGGGUGGAGUGGAUGGUGCCCGCAUACCGCUGAAUAUGUUUUACACAUCAGGCGGACCCCAGAAGAACGGUGCAGGAGCCAAAGAGAAGUUGUGCCACAGUGUUGAGUAUUCAACGAAAGAUUUGGCAUGUGCGCUCAUCGAGUCAUGGUUGGUAAAUGAGCUUCGGGCAGCACCUGAGAAUACGGACUCCUUGGCGUUCGCGAUUCAGGAACUGCUGAAGUUUUUGGCAGACUUGACAGCUGACCCGCAACAUAGUGGGCAAAGCUUAGCGUCGACAAACAAUCUUGGUCCAUCAUAUAAGACGCAACAAGGUACUGGCGCUUGUAUGCCUGAGUGGAUGAAGAGACGUUUCGAGCGGAAAGAUGUUCUUCAGUUUGUCGAGCCAUAUUGGUCAACGAAUUAUUCGGUCUUAGGCGGUCGAUCUUCACACAGCAACAGUAGUAGCUGCUCUGAUCGCCGAUCAUCAGCAAGUGUUGAUCGAAGCCUGCACCAUGUACGAGAUGGUAUAUCGUUUUAUGAAAAGUACGGAACAUCGUACGAAGAAUGGCUGUUGAUGUGGUGUCGGAGAUUAAUCCAGCUUUCUCAGCCGCCCGGGCGAAAGAUUUUCUGGGCGUGCAAAACUGCGCUUGCUACGUGCCCUCAGAUAUCAAGAUUUUUGCUGCCUUAUCUGGUGCAGAAUGUGCUUCGGUCUGGCCGAUCUGAAGUCGGUGAAGAGCUGAAGAAGGAAUUUAUGGCAGUGUUGGAUGGUCAGGACUGUGGAAUAUUGAUGGAUGAUUUCUUGGUGGCCUUACCUGAUUCAGAGCAUUCGGAUGAAUCAAUGAGCGCCAGUGAUGUGUCAGAGAAAACUGCUGGUGAAUCUUACCAUCGUCAUGAUCAGUGCUCACAGACCAUUUUCUCGACAAUCGACGAGCUAAAUGAAUGGAUCUGGACAAGCGAAAAGAAGCGACUUGCCCUUAGCAGCAGUGCUGGUAGUCGUCAGACAGCUGCUUCUGGCCGUAGCGAUGUGCCAUCAGACAUGGAUGAUUACGAAAAGGAUUAUCUGGAUGAAUUUUUAAAAGAAAUUCCAAGCAGACUGCUGUCAAGUGCGGCUUAUAAAGUCAAGGCCUAUGCUAGGGCAAUUCAGUAUUUCGAAGUAUACCUCCGGCAGCAAGAAUUCACGUCAGCUAAUGAGAAAAGGAGUAGUGUUGAGAUGGCGGGUCCAGUCCAUCCUUCGUUGAUAUCACAAAAUGCAUUAUUUCUUCAGCAGCUGUACAAGAGCGUAGACGAACCAGACGCGCUUAUCGGUUUAGCCUCGUUACGUCGCUUGUACGAAGCGAAUCGAUACAACGAUAUCAGAACGAAUCUGGAAGGCGAGACUCAAGAAGAGGGAUUAAAUCUCACUAGUCUAAUGCAUCAAGUUGUCGACCAUGAGCAGCUUGCUCAAUGGGAAGAUGCACUCGCUUGCUAUGAGCAAGCAAUCCAGGGAAUCCAGUCUGCACUUUCGUCGAAACUAUUACCCACUAGCAGACCACACUACAGCCAGCUUGCUAUGAUGCAACCUACUGUGCAGAUUUCGGACGCGGACGCACACAAAGAUCCAGAGAUGAUAAAGCCUAUUUUGUAUUCUGGAAUGGUUGGUUGUCUGAUCCAACUCGGACGCCUCGAAAGUGCUUUGCAGCAUAUCAACGGCAUUGUUACACAAGAACCGCAAUUUACGGCUACGAUGUAUCCGUUGGCGCUAGAGUGCUCGUGGCGGCUAUCUCGAUGGGAGCUCCUUACCGAAUUGCUGAGCGCUGAAAAGCGGAACCCGCUACUUCACUCUCUGGGUUCAGCUAGCACCCGGCUCAAAGGUUUUGAUGUAUCGCAGCUGAUGCUUGUUCGCGUGCUACAUAGUUUACAUGUUGGCCAACAAGAAGAGUUUCAGCGCCAUUUGAAAGCAGCACGUCUAGAAGUGAUGGGACCCCUCGCAGCGGCAUCUGCUGAGUCAUACCAACGUGCGUAUCCCCUCCUACAUGAUCUUCAUUUCCUGCAUGAGGCAGAGCAAGGAUUCAUCUUUUUGCAAAAAGCAAGGCAAUGUGAUGAUCCCGGCCAGCGCAGUCUUCUCUGGAAAGAGCAAGCUCCUUGGAAAAUGCGCUACGAUGCAAUGGCAACGCAGCUCAAGUACCGUGAUCCGAUACUGGCGCUUCGUCGAGUAAUUUUGCAAGAGGCAGGACUUCGAAAUGAAGUAUCAACAAAUUGGCUGCUAUAUGCAAAUUUAACCAGAAAAGAAGGCUUCUUUCGCACAGCCGCAAGCGCGGUGAUGCAUGCGGAAGCGCUGAACAAUCAGUAUGCACGGAUAGAAAAAGCCAAGCUACUAGUGAGUCAGGAUCGAAUGUAUGAAGCGUUGCAACUUCUCGAGCCGAUAGCCGUUGACGUAUCUACGCUGGAUUUCGAUGUUGAAGAUCCUCACUUCUGCGCGCGAAACCUGCUGUUAGCGACAAACUGGAUGCAAGAGUCCGGUCUGAGGCAAGGUAGAAAAGUGAUUGAACGAUAUCAAGCGGUCAUUCGUUUCGAUCCGACGUGGGAAAAAGGAUACUUCUUCCUAGCGAAAUACUAUGAGUAUUUGCUCAGUGAAAGUCACCCCGAUGCUUUAAAUGGAUCAAUGGGCAGCGAUGAGGUGGCUGACCUUUUGGUUGAUUCCGUAUUUCACGCCCACUUGAUUAACCUGAUGAAGAACUUUGUGCUCGCUCUGGCGCAUGGAACGAAGUUUGUGUUUCAGUCACUCCCGCGACUGCUGACGCUAUGGUUCGAGUACGGCGAGACACUUUAUACAAGCACCGCUGGCCAAAGUAGCGUAGCGAAUACGACAUUGAGGCAGGUCACGCAGGCUCCGUCCACUACUGAGCAAAAGGUCCUCGAUGAUAUCACAAUAGUCAUUGAUGAAGCCAUCGAGCUAUUACCUGCAUAUGAGUGGCUUGUUUGCUUUCCACAAGUGACGUCGCGUAUAUGCCACCCCAAUCCGGUUGUCGUUAGUAAUGUCAAGAAGAUCAUGCUUCGGGUGGCCACGGCGUAUCCGACACAAGCGAUGUGGCCUUUAUUGGGUCUUUCACUCUCGUUGAACCCUCAGCGGCGAAAGCACGCGCGCGAUAUCAUUUUUAGUGCACAACAGAACUUUAUUUCACAGGGUCUGGAAGACAUUGCAGCCAGCUUUGCCGAGGGAAUGCGGUUGGCGGAAGAACUUAUUAGCCUCGCUGCUCACGAUCCCGGGAACAGUCAACGCAAGAUUCACAUUCGCUUGAGCCGGGUUCGGACCAAAAUUCUAGUGCCGACCCAGGUGGCUCUGACCACAAUCCUGCCAGCAACUGGACUUGCCCCUCGCGAUGAGUCUCAUGUUGCCUUCUCAUCAAACGCGCAAGUCUACAUAAAGGGCUUUCGUGACAAAGCGGACGUGAUGAUGACAAAGGAGAAGCCUAAACGCAUAGAGAUUCUGGGUACCGAUGGCGUAUCGUAUCCGUUCUUGUGCAAGCGUGAAAAGUCCGGCGAUCUUCGUAAGGAUGCGCGCAUGAUGGAGUUCAAUUCGAUGAUCAAUCGGCUUCUUCAGAAAGAUAAAGAAGGUCGCAAACGCAAACUCCGCUUGCGCACGUACGCAGUGGUGUGUUUGAACGAAGAGAGUGGGCUGAUGGAGUGGGUGCAACACACGAAGACCAUGCGGCAGCUCAUCGGACAGAUCUACAAAACAGAACGUGGCUACAUCCAGCCUGUGCGGGUAACGCACGAGAUUAAGGAGCAGUAUCUUACCAUGCAAAAGGAGUACGCAAACAACCCUGGUGCGAUGGCGCAAAACUAUCGGCGCAAGAUUUUAUCGUUGCCGGUCUUCACACCAAGAUUCCACCAGUGGUUUUACAACAACUUUGCCGAUCCGACUGCGUGGUUUGAGGCUCGACUCGCGUUUUCGCGGUCAACAGCCGUCUGGUCCAUGGUGGGGCACAUUGUCGGCCUCGGCGAUCGCCACUGUGAGAAUAUUCUGAUAGACUGCACCAACGGAGAGUGCAUUCAUGUAGACUUUGACUGCCUUUUCGACAAGGGACUCAAGUUGGCAAAACCUGAAAUUGUGCCUUUCCGUUUGACACCAAACAUCGUUGACGCUUUUGGGAUUACGGGGUACGAGGGUGUUUUUCGUCGUGUAAGUGAGGUGACGCUGCACUUACUUCGCGACAACAAGGAGACACUUCGAAGUGUAUUGGAGUCGUUUAUCCACGAUCCACUGGUGGAGUGGGGUCGUCGCGGCAAAGCCACUCAAAGCAGCGGUGGCUCAGGAAAGAUUGUUGCUGAAGUCCCCAGCGAACGUACUAAAAUGGAGACACGACUUGUGCUCAAGGCCAUCGACGACCGACUGCGCGGUACUUACAACCUCGGCGAUGCAAUUCGGCCGCUCGUAUCACGUGCGCAUCGCAGCAUCUUGCCGGAGGUUGAAACGCUACCACUUUCUGUGCAGGGCCAAGUCGAGAAGCUUAUUCACGAGGCCACGUUGCACGAAAAUCUCGCCCAAAUGUACAUCGGUUGGAUGCCAUUUUUGUAG